AUGGUAAACAAGCCCAUCCGGUGCGCAAACAAGGCAGCUCAGAGAGCGUCUGCACGUCUCUGUGCAGACGCCAAAACAGAAACCGCUGCAACUGAUGUGUCAUCGGUUGCUAAAGCGUCUCAGUCUGUGUCACCUGGUGAUGCAGACUCUCGUCAUGAAGACACUCAUGUCUUCACAGAGUAUGAGCUCGGUGUCUCAUACUCUCCUGAUACGAAAGACGGAUCUGUAUCGACGGCGGUUGAAACCAAUCCGCCUGCCAAGCGUGGCAUGGAUGAUGCUACGCGUCGUAGCAUCUUUGGUUCGUCUGAUUCAUCAGAUGAACCAUCGCCGAAGCGAAGGCGCUCGAGGUCGCGAGACUCGGGCGCUAACAGUGGUGUCGGUUCUCCUAUUGAUACCACUUCGCAACGAGGUGCCAGUACUUCUGUCGGUACGUCGCAGGAAGAGCGGGACCGCAAUGUGUUGCGUCUCGCUCCUGAGAAGAAGGCAUGGAUGCCUCCAAAAUCCGUCAUGGAUCACUUGUCGGCGACGACGAGUGAUCGCUAUCGAACACGAUUGUUCGAUUCAUCAAGGAUCCAUCACCUUGACCCCAUUGCGAAAAACUAUCACACUGAGCAUGAGUUCGUCAUCGAUGCUUUCUGUAAGCAUCGAUGUAUAGUGGGAAUCACAAACGUGAUGGUCCCUCACUGCUUCAAGCGUGGAUAG